AUGGCUGUCACACCCUGCCUACGAGAACCAAAGGAGCGACACCAGCGAUCAUCAUUCGCCUUCACCAACAGAAAGAACAAGAUCGCGAUCCUAAAACAGGGUCGCAAAUUAAAAGGAAUGUACAUUAACGAACACCUCACCAAAAGGAAUGGAACUAUCUGCGGCGAGCCAGAUCAAUGGCGCGAGAUCAUGAACAAGAAGAUGCGGUUCCCUCCGGAGCUCAUCAGUGCCAUCCAGGAAGGGAAAAUCGAGUUGGUUUGCGGCCUGCUGAAGACCGGCGAUGGCAUCAUCCGUCAGCUGGACGACUCCGAAGACCGCCUGUGGAGGGAGGCCCUCAACCUGUCCAUCCGCCUGGGCAGCGAGGGCGCCAUGGAUGCCCUCCUGCAAGGGGUCAAGUUUGACUUCCGCCAGAUUCACGAGGCUCUGCUCGUUGCCGUGGACACCAACCAGCCGCGGGUGGUCAAGCUCCUGCUGGACCGCUUGGACCAAGAGAAAGGUAACAAGAUGGACGUGCGUUCUUUCUCCCAGGCCAUAUUUGACCACUCCAUUGACAACUCCCAGUUUGCCCCCGGUGUGACCCCGCUGACUUUAGCUUGUCAGAAAGAUUUAUACGACAUCGUCACCAUGCUCACGCAAAAAGGCCACAUCAUCCCGUGGCCGCACAAAAUGUCCUGCGCGUGUCUGGAGUGUCGCAACGGGCGUCAGUAUGACCUGCUCAAGUUCUCCUUAUCCCGCAUCAACACCUACCGCGGCAUCGCCAGCCGCGCCUACCUCUCCAUCACCUCUGACGACGCUAUGCUCAGCGCCUUCAGCCUCAGCAGGGAGCUGCGCAAGCUCUCUCAGAAGGAGCCGGAGUUCAAGCCGCAGUACCUGAGCCUGGAGGAGCUUUGUCAAGAGUUUGCAGUGGAGUUGCUCGGCAUGUGUCGCAACCAGAGUGAGGUGACCACUAUUCUGAACAGCUGUGGCGAUGAAAGCCAGGACGCCUUGGACGAGCAGGCCUUCGAGGAGGGAAUACCCAACCUGUCACGACUGCGACUCGCUGUCAACUACAACCAGAAGCAGUUUGUGGCCCACCCCAUCUGUCAGCAGGUGUUGUCGUCAAUCUGGUGCGGCAACCUGGCGGGAUGGAGAGGCAGCAGAACGGCCUGGAAGCUCCUCGUGUCUGUCGGGAUCUUUUUCACCAUGCCUUUCCUCUGCCUCGCCUACUGGAUCGCACCAAAGUCAAAGGUAGGAAAGAUCCUCAAGAUCCCUGUGAUCAAGUUUCUCCUUCACUCUGCCUCCUAUCUGUGGUUCCUCAUCACGCUGCUCGGUGAAUCCAUCACCAUGGAGAUGUAUCGGGAUAAAUUUGCUUCGAGGCAGCAGAACAUCCUCCACAGCUCCGUCCACAUGGUGUGGGUGGUCGGGUUCUUUUGGUUCGAGUGCAAGGAAGUGUGGAUCGAGGGCCUGAGGAGUUACUUCCUGGACUGGUGGAACUGCUUGGACGUGAUGGUGCUCAGCAUGUACUUGGCCUCCUUCGCUUUGCGUUUGGUCAUCAUGCUUAAAGGACACUUCCUCUGUCUGGAUGAUGAUUGCACAGAGGAGUGUGUCUACUUCACCCAGACUGUGCGUGACGACUGGCGUCAGGAGGACCCCCAGCUGAUUGCCGAGGUUCUCUUCGCAGUCACCAGCAUGAUGAGCUUCACCAGGCUAGCCUACAUCCUCCCUGCUCACGAGUCCCUGGGAACGCUGCAAAUUUCCAUAGGGAAGAUGAUUGACGACAUGAUGAGAUUCAUGUUUAUCCUGAUGAUUAUCGGAACAGCCUUCCUCUGCGGUAUCAACAAUGUCUACGUCCCCUAUGUCAUCUCUCCGCAUCUUGGCAGGUUUAAUGAGACCUUCCACUUCCUGUUCUGGACAAUGUUCGGCGUGGCCAACCAGGACUAUGUGGACAUGCCACAGUUCGUCCUGGCCGAGUUUGUAGGACGCAUUCUGUACGGCAUCUUCACGCUCGUCAUAGUCAUCGUCUUGCUCAACAUGCUUAUUGCUAUGAUCACUAACUCCUUUCAGAAAAUUGAGGACGAUGCUGACGUGGAAUGGAAGUUUGCCAGGUCAAAACUGUAUCUCAGUUACUUCAGAGAGGGCCUCACCAUGCCCGUCCCCUUCAACAUCAUCCCAUCCCCUAAAGUUUUCUUCUACAUCUUAAGAGGGAUCUUUAGGCGUGUCUGCUGCUGCUUUACAUGCAAUGCUGAGAAGAAAUACCCACCAAUAGCGUCACUGUUCAACAAGAAGGGCUCUGAGGACAACCAGCUACCGUACCGUCAGCAAGUGAGCAGAGCACUGGUGCAGCGUUACAUCGAAUCAGCUCGCAGGGAGUUUGAAGAGACCAAGAGGAAAGAUAUUGGUAAUCGCAUCACUGAGCUGAGCAAAGCCAUCAUGAGGAUGCACAAUGACCUGAAAGUGGUCCUUCAGCACAUGGUGGAUGAAGGACCCCCUGCAGGUGAGGUUCUGUCCAAAGACGGCUCAUCUUUUCUGGGAAAAUACAUCAUUGGCGCCAAGAACAAUUUCCGAGGCUUUAACAGCCUUCUAGAGGAUAAAAGUAAGUCACAGAAUGUAACCGUGCACCAACGGCAGGACCAGGAGGACAACUUAAAAGAGGGAGGACACGAUAAUAACAAAGAUGACGAUCAUAAUAAGGUUGACUGUGGAGGGCGGGCGUCAGACUGCGAUGUGGCGAAGAUGGAGGAGGGCAAAGGUCAGCUGCUCAAGGAAGCAAAUAAAAAUGACAACCCUGACAAUGAAGCUAAAGAGGAGACGACUGAAGAAGACAAAAAAGAAGCCAUCUCCGAGAACUCCAAAGUCAGCCAUGAGGACGAGGUGAGCACGUGCAACCACGAGUCGCUACCAGAGAACAAAAUGGAGACUCCGUGGAUGAAAAGGUAUGAGCAAAAUACCAGCGAGAAAUGUGAUGGGGUUGAAAACACAGUGUGCCACAAAACGAGUCCUUCACCCUCCGGCAGCAGCAGCUCACGAGACACCGGCUUUGAUUCUCAGGAAGGGGAUGGAUCCAUGGAUGGUACUUCUGGAGGAAGACAGUAGAAGGCCAUCCUUUUGUAGGUUCAUACAUAAUCACCACUAUAUGGACAGAAGUAUCGGGACACUUGGAUAGUCGGUCCUCAUCCUCUUCCUCUCGCGUCACGUAGCUUGUGUACGCAACGCGUUCUGCUCCUCCCCUACGUACCUUCCCGCAGACCUUUGAGUGCACAUCCUAAAAAAUAUCUACCUUUGCGUCAGUAUUUACUACUGAUGACAAAGUAAAACAAGGUCAUGAAAACUUCCAACAUCCUAAAACUUAUACAGGCAAUUUCCAUCAAAGACAAAAUCAAAAAAAUAUGAUGCUUUUAUUUUUUUUCCAUUUUGUUUUUUUAUCCUUUGCAUGUUUUAUAUUUAUUUUGUUUAUUCUUCCCUUAUAGUAGUUUUGUUUCAUUUCUUAGUUCGUUUUUUUUAAAUGAUAGAAAAAUAUUUCUAUGUACAUAUUUUGAAAAAAUGUAUACAGACAUGUUUACUUAUAUGUUUUGAUUGUUUGAUUUUUAUGUAUAUUAUUGUUGUUGAAAUAAAGUUAGAAAAGAAAAGA